CCCACCAGUUCCGCCCACCUGUGCCCAGCAGUGCACCCACCUAUGCCCAGCAGUGCGCCCACCAGUGACCAGCAGUACACCCUCCUGUGCCCAGCAGUGCACCCACCUUUGCCACCCAGCAGUGCCACACACCUGUGCCCAGAAUCAGUGCCACCUAUCAGUGCUGUCUAUCAGUGCCGCCUAUCCGUGCCACCUCAUUAGUGCUGCCUAUCAGUGCCGCCUAUCCGUGCCACCUCAUUAGUGCUGCCUAUCAGUGCCGCCUAUCAGUGCUGCCUAUCAGUGCCAACCAGUGCUGCCUAUCAGUGCCCAUCAGUGCCACCUAUUAGUGCUCAUCAGUG